UGCCCAGACAGCCCCUCCCUGCGGGCCCCCUUGAGGGGUAUGAGGCCAAGGGGACCCUGGCUGUCUCAGCCCCCUGCAGAGCACGAGCCAGCCCCUGGUCCCUGCCCGCCUCAGGCUGAGGAUGAUUCAGACAGGGCUGGGGAGUGGAGGCAAUUAUAUUCCGCAGACGAGCCCUUUCUCCUGCGCCUCCGUCCCUCCCUCCUCACCCACCCCCGCCUCCACCAGGCACAGCAGGCAGGGGUGGGGGACAUGAGGAGGGGAAGGUGGGGGACCCAGAGUGGGCUUUGACGUCAGCUCAGCUUAUAAGAGGCCGCUGGGCCAGGGCUGUGGAGACAGAGCCCGGACCUCCACACUGAACCAUGCCUACCCCUGACGCCACCGCACCACAGGCCAAGGGCUUCCGCAGGGCUGUGUCUGAGCUGGACGCCAAGCAGGCAGAGGCCAUCAUGGUAAGAGGGCAGUCCCCGAGGUUCACUGGGCGGCAGCAGAGCCUCAUCGAGGACGCCCGAAAAGAGCGGGAGGCAGCGGUGGCGGCAGAGGCUGCCGCAGCCUCCUCGCAGGCUGGGGACCCCCUGGAGGCCGUGGCCUUUGAGGAGAAGGAGGGGAAGGCGGUGCUGAACCUGCUCUUCUCCCCGAGGGCCACCAAGCCCUCUGCGCUGUCCCAAGCUGUGAAGGUGUUCGAGACAUUUGAAGCCAAAAUCCACCACCUAGAGAGCCGGCCAGCCCAGAGGCCAAGAGUGGGGGGCCCCCACCUGGAGUACUUCGUGCGGGUGGAAGUGCCCAGAGGGGACUUGGCCGCCCUGCUCAGUGGCGUGCGCCAGGUGUCAGAGGAUGUGCGCAGCCCCGUGGAGCACAAGGUCCCCUGGUUCCCAAGGAAAGUGUCAGACCUGGACAAGUGUCAUCACCUGGUCACCAAGUUCGACCCUGACCUGGACUUGGACCACCCGGGCUUCUCCGACCAGGUGUACCGUCAGCGCAGGAAGCAGAUUGCCGAGAUCGCCUUCCAGUACAGGCAAGUCCUCGCUGCACAAGGCGGGUGUGGUCCUGUGGCCGGUGAGGCUCCCUUCCUGCCUCCCUCCCUCCCUCCUGCACCUUCCUGCUCUCCAAGAGCACCUGCUGACCACUGGCCUCUCCCCAGUGGCGACCCGAUUCCCCGUGUGGAGUACACCGCUGAAGAGAUUGCCACCUGCAGGACAAAGGCCAGGAAGAGGAGGGACUUCCAGGGCUCAGAGUGUCAGAUUGGGAGGAAGAGGCUACCCAUCCUGCCGGGCCAUCCCCAGGGUGCUGAGGGACCGCCCCUCACGACCCCCUACACCGUGGGAUUCCCCAAAGACCCAGCAAAAGCCCCACCCAGGGGCCUGGGUCUUCAGGGGUCCCUGAGAGGCCUGUGUUGGGGGAGCUCUGGCAGAGCGAACGGGCUUCCAGCUGCGGCCUGUGGCCGGCCUGCUGUCUGCGCGGGACUUCCUGGCAAGCCUGGCCUUUCGCGUGUUCCAGUGCACGCAGUACAUCCGCCACGCGUCCUCGCCCAUGCACUCCCCAGAGCCGGACUGCUGCCAUGAGCUGCUGGGGCACGUGCCCAUGCUGGCUGACCGAACCUUCGCGCAGUUCUCCCAGGUGCUCUGUGGCCUCGGAGGGAACCGGGGUCACCCAGGGGCUGGCCUGGGGCGGAGGAUGGGUCGGGGGUUGAUGUGUGGGUGGGUGAAAUGUGCUGCCUGCCCCUGGGUCCCGCCACGGGGGGCUUGGCGCCCCAAGGGUCGAGGGGCAGAGGGCGGGGCUGGAGCGAAGCCUCCCACGGGCUGUGCUGCCAUCUGCCGGCUGCCUGAGAACGGCACCCACAGGCUUAGGGAUAUGGUCAAGGAGGGCUGCCUGAAGGAGGAGGCCCGGUGGAGGUCGUGGACCCGGGGUGGCCGGGGUAGGUCUCUGCCCCCCGGGCAGUGUCCCAGAGACCGCUGGAGGGGCUGCUGACACCCCUGGCGCCCCCACCUUGAGCUUACCCAGGGCUGCCUCUCCCCACCCUUCAUCCUCCUGCCCGCUCCACAGGACAUCGGCCUGGCAUCCCUUGGAGCCUCAGAUGAGGAAAUUGAGAAGCUGUCCACGGUGGGUUGACCCCUCCCUGCAGGGCCUGGGUCUGGUUUCAGGGUCCGAAAUCCAGGCCACGUCCUCCUGCUGUCCAGGCUGCGGCCUUUGCUUCCACCCAUGAAUCGCAACCCUCACCCUGGCCUGCCUGCAGCCUGGUCUGCCCUCCCUGGGGUGGUGUUCGGGUCACAGGUGACCAAGGGCUGCCCAGUGGGCGGCUGCUGUCUCUGGGCUGAGGCUGCCGGGCUUCCCCGCAGCUGUACUGGUUCACGGUGGAGUUUGGGCUGUGUAAGCAGAACGGGGAGGUGAAGGCCUACGGCGCUGGGCUGCUGUCCUCCUAUGGGGAGCUCUUGGUGAGACCCUCUC